GUCCGAACAGUCACGACUUGUGCUGUCGUGACGGGUGUCGGCGUUACGGUUUGUGCUGGGUGGUGUGCCGAACGUUUUUUUUGCUGCUAUUCACUUGAGCUCUUUGUGUGGCACCUAUAAGGCUACACUGUUUGUGUUGCACAGUAUUCAAGAAAAUAUCAGUGUUUUAGCAGCAGCUUUGGACUCUGCAUAGCAGACAUAAUAUAGGACCCAGAAAUGAGUUCUAUUGGCACAGGGUAUGAUCUUUCGGCCUCCCAGUUCUCACCAGAUGGCCGAGUAUUUCAAGUAGAAUAUGCACAGAAGGCUGUUGAAAACAGCGGGACGGUGAUCGGCCUGCGCGGCAAGGACGGCGUCGUGUUCGCCGUGGAGAAGAUCGUCACCUCCAAGCUGUUCGAGCACUCGGCCAACAAGCGCAUCUUCACGGUCGAUCGGCACGUCGGUCUGGCGGUGGCCGGGCUGAUCGCGGACGCGCGCGCCCUGGCCGAGACGGCGCGUACCGAGGCGGCCAACUACCGCUCCGACUACGGAGCGCCGAUCCCAGCCCGCCACCUGGCCGACCGGCUGGGCAUGUACCUGCACGCGUACACGCUGUACUCGUUCGUGCGUCCGUUCGGCUGCAGCGUCAUGAUGGCCGCGUGCGACGACGACGGCCCGGAGCUCUUCAUGGCUGAUCCGUCCGGCGUGCACUUCGGCUACUACGGGUGCUCCAUCGGCAAGGCGCGCCAGGCGGCCAAGACCGAGAUCGAGAAGCUGAAGACGGUCGACAUGACGUGCGAGGAGCUCAUCAAGGAGGCCGCCAAGAUCAUCUACGUCAUCCACGACGAGGUCAAGGACAAGGAGUUUGAGCUGGAGCUCAGCUGGGUGGGCAAGCACACCGACGGGAAGCACAAGCUUGUCUCCAAGGAGGUGCACGAGGCGGCCGAGAGGUACGCCAAGGCGGCGCUAGAGGAGGACUCGGACUCGGACGAGGGCAUGUGAUCGCUGCCGUCUGGCUCGCGCAGCGCUGCGGCUGUGGCGCCGCGCUGGACUGUCGCGUGUCGUGCUGCUCUGCGGCUCGAACACGUCUCACUACACCGGGCUGGCGCUAGACCUGCUGUCAGAAGAAGAACAACGCAUCGGCGGGCUUGGCGUGCGAUUCCGCUGUGGUGGGCGCCGCAUAUUCUUCUUUUCUUUAAGUGAUUCGCCAAUACAACUGUGACACACCUGA